AGCAUGCUCUCUCUCGAGUUGGAAACCGAAACUGCGGCAGAAGACACGGCCCCCAGCACCCCGAAUGGAGGAGAGGAUAUCCCGGCUAGCAUUGAUGUGCUGGAGGAGCAGCGGCCGGUGAAGCAGUCCUUGGGUGCCUCCAUGUGCCGGGAGGCUCACUGGCGGUGCCUGCUGCUGUCCCUGCUCCUGUACAGCUGCCUGGGCGCGGUGGCGUGGUGCCAGAUCACCGGACUAGGCUUCUACUCCUCCUCUGCGAGCUCCUCCACGCAGCGCCCCCCUUCCCUGGGGUCCCUGCCCAUGCGGGGGGGGAGCUCGGGCAUGCCAGAGCGAAUCAGGCCCUACGACCCCCGGCCCUGCGGGGAAGGCUAUGUGUACAUCCCGCUGACAUGCCUGCUCAUGCUGUAUGCUGUGUACCUGGUGGAAUGCUGGCACUGGCGGGUGCACUGCGGGCUCCAGUGCAGGGCGGACGUGGAGAGCGUGUAUGAGAGGGUGCUGCGCAUGCGGCAGGCCCGGCCCUGUGUCUGGUGGAAGGCCAUCAGCUACCACUUCGUGCGUCGGACCCGGCAGGUCACCCACUAUCGAAACGGGGAGGCUUACACCACCAUGCAGGUCUACCACGAGCGGGUCAACACCAACGUGGCUGAGGGGGAGUUCGACUACAGCCACUGUGGAGGGGUGCGGGACCUGUCCCGGGACUUGCGGGGGCUCGAGGAGCACACGGCGACCAGGCUGCGCUUCACCAAGUGUUUCAGCUUCGCGGGGGCCGGGGCGGAGAGUGCCUACCUGAGCCAGCGCCAUCGCUUCUUCACCCAGACCGAGGGGCUGGACGAGUAUAUGGAGGCGCGAGAGGGCAUGCAGCUGAAGAACGUGGACUUUAAGGAGCAGCUCAUCGCUUACAUGGACCUCGACCGGCCCCCCUGGUAUGCCUCCCCUGCUGCCUUCUGGCUGGCCACACUCCUCCUGCUGUCCUGGCCCCUGCGCGUGCUCACGGAGUACCGCACCGCCUUCGUGCACUACCGCGUGGAGAAGCUCUUCGGGCUGGAGUAUGAAGAGGGCUCCCCCUCGCCCGAGGGGCAGGAGGAGCUGCAGCUGGGUGGGGGAGUGGAGCGGUAUCGGCUCCCCCGGUCGGAGACAGUCGACAGCACGGAGCUGGAGUGGCAUAUCCACUCCAACCGGCAGCUUGUCCCCAGCUACUCCGAGGCCAUGCUAAUGGACCUGGCCGGCUCCCAGAACAGCCUUCUGAGAGGCAGCCUUCUGAGAGGCAGCCUCAGGGGCCGCAGCUAUGGGACUCUUGUGCAGGACUGCGAGAGCUGCUUACGGGAGGGAGGCGGGAGGCAGCGUGGUGCCGGGGACUCCAGUUGCUCCUCCAUCUUCUCCCGGCACAGCCUCAGCUCGCAGCUCUCACAAGACACAGCACGGUUCUCGCUGUGCCGCAUGCACGGCUCAAGGCGCACGGUGGGGCUGUGGAGGAGCCGCAGCAGCACGCUGACGGCCGAGCGCUGCUGCCUGGACGAGGCCUCCUGUUGCCGCUCCUACUCCAGCCAGUUGGCCCUCAACACCAGCCCCCCCACCUACAGGGAUGCGCACUUCUUCCCCGUGCUCAUCGUGCACCGCCCCGAGGGGGGCUCCGGGGACGGGCGCAGAUAUUACAUCCGCAGGGGGUCCUGCUGCCUCGAGACUGCCCUCUGAGCCCUGAGCCCCUCCUUCUUCCCCGUGCUCAUCGUGCACCGCCCCGAGGGGGGCUCCGGGGACGGGCGCAGAUACUACAUCCGCAGGGGGUCCUGCUGCCUCGAGACUGCCCUCUGAGCCCUGAGCCCCUCCUUCUUCCCCGUGCUCAUCGUGCACCGCCCCGAGGGGGGCUCCGGGGACGGGCGCAGAUACUACAUCCGCAGGAUCCUGCUGCCUCGAGACUGCCCUCUGAGCCCCGAGCCCCUCCUCCCUGUACAGCUGAAGGGUACGCCUCAACUGGUACAGCAGGUGAUCAUUUCAGAGACCUUUGCUUCUCUCCCUCUCGACCUUCCUGAAAGACUAGAGGCACGUUCACAAUCAUUCAGAAUGAACUGGCUCUUCAUCGCUGACCUGCACUGUAUUGCAAAGGGCAAUUGGACAGACAUUUAACCGGGAGACAUUGGACAUUUACACAGGGUACGAUUGAACAGACAUCUCUAACCAGGAGAUAGUUGAGAUCAUUUAGGUCAUUUUACUAUGGGAUGCAGCUUACAUUCUCAUUACAAGUUUCUUUAGAGAUAUCUGCCACCUGAGCUACUUGGGUAAAGAGACAGAGAAAGCCUGCCAGGGGGCUUGUCUUUGAGAACCCCCUCCCCACAUCCCUCCACUCUGCAGCACCCCUCAGCGCCCUGUCUGCCCUCAUCAUUCCUUCCAAACCAGCUCCUGUCCCAAGAGGAGCCACAGGUCUGGCAGGCAGGUUGUGACUUUGGGAUGAUCCUUUGGUAUUGCAAUACUUAAUUCUAAUCACUUGCAUGUAGAAUUGAGCUUGCAUUGAGACUGACGUUGAGAUUCCCGUUGAAACAGAUCUGUAGUCAUAUCUGAAGACUGCAGGGCUUUCCAAGAAAUUAAACACAUAGCAGCUUGGGGGGUGUGGUGUGAAGAAUCACAGGUAAAUUACAGGACCUCGCCUGAGUCUCAGGGCAAAAUAUGAAGCUCCUUAUUAAUCCUGCCCUGUAAAAUCAACGGCUAUGAAAAUGACUUUUAGCACGAGGCCAGGCCAGUAACUUAAAGGGAAGGUAGCUUGAAAGGACCUGUACUUCCAGAUUGCAUUCCCAAUGGCAGAGACUGUUACAAGUGAACCCAAUAAACUCUCAUUGGAAUGGCUGG